AUGACGCGCCCAAAGGUUCCACCAGAUCAGCGGCAACGCACUGCACAGGCAUGCGAGAGCUGCAAGCGCAGAAAACAAAAGUGUAACGGUCUCCAACCUUGCAACACUUGCGACAAGCGCAAAUUCACAUGCAUAUACACGGACCGAGACCCAAACUCUCCAAGCGAAGACAGGCCACCCGCGAAGAAGCGUGUAGUUGAAACUACUAGCAACGCCCAGAGCCCCGUCAUAAAUGGUAAUUCGUCGGCAAAUACACCCACCAAUGGGCAGGCUCAGCCCUCACCACUGUCCCUGCACCGACGUACAUCUACCGCUCCUCAACAGCCAUCCCUCGUGUCCCAUGCAGUAAGCUCAAAUCAGGAGGUUCCUUAUCCAUCCCCUGCUGCGAACUCUGCUGCCGUGCCUCAACCGCCAGCGAAUCAUGGCAGUGACGACAGUCGACAGGCAGUGUCACAGGACACCACUUCGCAUGAUGGUGGAGACGAUGUCGCCGAGUUUCCGAGCCAGAGCAGGAUGCUACAGGACCCUACUGGUCGGGUACUGUAUAUCGGUGAUGCAGCUACCUUAUCUUUCCUCCAGCUCCUUCGGAUGAUGGUUGAGACGGUAGCCGGACCUUCUCCAUUCACUACCGAUCCUCGUCGACAUAAGAUAGUAGAGGGCCAGUACUCGCUUCCACAUGGUUACCAGCAUACACACCUCCUACCCGACGAGCAGACGGCCCGGGUUCUGGUCGAGGCCUUCUUCAUCAAUACCCAUGGGUUAUUGCAAGUCUUUAACCGUGACCGCUUCUUCAAAAGCUUGGAACAAUGCUAUUCGGAUCCACUCUCGGUGAGUUCGUCAUGGCUAUGCCUGCUCUACCUGGUGUUUGCCAUUGGUUUGACAAUGGCAACGCCGCUGUCUGGUAGUCAAGAAGCUCUCAUCAUCGACAAGCUGCGGAGCGAGCAUCUCGACCGAGCGGAAGCAUUCUACCUGAACGCUAAGAGCCUCAACGAUCCCAUGACUGGUCUAGAGGACCAGGACUUUUGGUCUGUUCAGGCUUUGUUACUCAUGUCAGUCUACAUGUUGGCUAAGACAAAGCGGAAUACUGCUUUCGCCCUGCUUGGCAUGGCAGCACGAUCCGCUGUUGCACUGGGUCUUCACAGAGAAGAGACCAUGGUGAUAUUCAGUCCGGAAGAGCAGGUUCAGCGAAAGGAUCUGUGGCGAUCUAUUUUCGUCAUCGACCGUCUUCUAUCAUGCUCCUUGGGUCGCCCGACAGCUAUAUCUGAGGACGACUGCUCUGGUGACACGCUUCAACCUUCUGAUGGUGACUACAACCAGUCCUGGGCUUUUACUCCAAAGACAGUGUACGACUACAACGAAACAGGGCCUGCAGCACUAGAAGCUGUCGUGCGGAGCUGCAAGGUGAUUGGUGUCAUCUUACGCAAAGUUUACCAAAGACGCAAAAUCAGCACUCGGCUUGCACAAGAGAUUUCUGAUAUUUGCAAGAAAUGGCCACGGGCAUUGACACCCAUUCUACAGUGGCGACAAGCUGCGACCGCAUCGCCCAGUCAGGGUGUAGCUAUUCUGCACGUCAAUCUGUUUUACUGUCACUCCAUCAUUCUGCUGACUCGGCCGUUUCUGCUGUACAUUCUCAACAAGGAGACACAGCGCCAGGUAGAGCAGCCGGGAAAUAGGGGGCCUCGACCCUUUGUUCGUAUGGAACGGUUCAGCGAGGCGUGUGUGAUUGCCUCUGUGCACACUAUCCUUCUGGUGCAAAACGCAUUUGAAGCGGGUUACUUGCCCCGUCGCAAUCCUGCCGUUAUUUACUUCCUUUUCGCAGCUACACUUGUCAUCCUCGCCAGCGACUUUGCCGGUCUCUACCAGAUCGAUGCAACAGAGAAUUGCGUGACCAACGCCAUCAACAUCAUGAAUUACUGCGCUGAAAGCGACCAACAGGCAGUCAGACUUGUGUACAUUCUUAGCUCCUUCAGAGACGUAGUCUCACAACAGCGUCUACGGCGGAAAGACAGUCUCACGAGCAACUCGACGCUGCCAAGUAUAGCAUCACAGCUGUACGGCGUACAGGUACCUCAGCAACAGCAGCAGCAGCAAGCACAACAGCAGCAGCCAACCCCGAAUGUAAAUAGUCUAGUCCAGCCAACAAAUCCCCUAGACGGCACACCCCGACUCCACCAAGUCCCCAUACACAUCUACCCCGGCCUCCACACAGCACCCCUCAAAGACCGACCGCUCAUCAAGCAAGUUCCAGGCCAAGUCCACACACCGCCCCAGCCCCAAGUCAUGCACCUGUCCGUCCAGCCCACAGCCCCCGUCUCCGUCGCCGCCCAAACACAAGAAAACACACUCAACCCGCCUGAACCGGAAUUUUCAGUCCAUCUAUCCCCGAUCCAGAGACCACCCUCGCUCGACAUGGCCACGCGGUCUGCACCGCUGUCUCUGGGGGCGCCCUCGCUAUCCACAAUGCUGGAUCUCUCGGCACUCGAAGCCACGCGGGUACCUAGCCUGCACAGCGAGGAGAGCGGGCUGGACGAGCAGAUUGAUUUUGAUACGCUGUGGGCAUGGCCGAGUAAUACGCCUGCGAUGGGGAGUCCCAAGGGAGGUGCUGGCGGUGGUAGUGGUGCAAGGGAUAAGGUGCAGGGGAUUAGCGAUAGUGUUGUGCCGAUGUUUGGUAUAAUUGGGAGAGAGGGGACGACGACGCAGAAGGAUUCGUAA